AUGGAUUCUCAUUUCGCUUUAUCGGAAGCGAGCGACAUAAUCGCUCGAGGCGAUUCUAACGGUCGGCCGCCCGUCUACAAAGCGAUUGGUAUUGCUCUUGCUGUUUCCUCGGGCGUUUUCAUCGGUGUCUCCUUCGUCUUGAAAAAGAUCGGCUUGCUCAAGGCAAAUGUCAAAUACAAUGAAGAGGCGGGCGAGGGGUAUGGCUACCUCAGAAACGUUUGGUGGUGGAGCGGCAUGACUCUUAUGAUCAUCGGAGAGAUCUGCAACUUCGUUGCUUACGCAUUUGUCGACGCUAUCCUCGUUACCCCCCUCGGUGCCCUAUCGGUCGUUAUAACCACUAUAUUGUCUGCGAUUUUUCUGAAGGAAAGACUCAGUUUCGUGGGAAAGGUCGGCUGUUUUUCUUGUAUCAUCGGCUCGAUAGUCAUCGCUAUGAAUGCGCCCGAACAAUCUUCCGUCAGCGAUAUCCAGGAAAUGCAGCACUUUGCGAUUUCACCGGGCUUUCUGUCAUACACGGGUGUCAUUCUUGUCGGUGCAGCCUUCACGGCGCUCUGGGUUGGCCCUCGUUACGGAAAGAAAAGCAUGUUCGUCUAUAUCAGCAUCUGCAGUAUGGUUGGUGGUUUGAGUGUGGUUUGCACCCAGGGUCUAGGCUCGGCCAUCCUUGCCUGGAUCAACGGUGAGCCACAGUAUAAGGAGUGGUUCUUCUGGGUUCUUCUAGCUUUUGUUAUUUGCACUCUGCUCACAGAGAUCAUCUAUCUCAACAAAGCACUCAACCUUUUCAAUGCCGCCUUAGUUACACCGACCUACUAUGUCUUUUUCACGAGUGCUACAAUUAUCACCUCUGCUGUUCUCUUCCGCGGUUUCAAAGGUACAGGUAUCCAGAUUGCUACAGUCAUCAUGGGAUUCCUGCAGAUCUGUUCUGGUGUCGUCCUGCUGCAGCUAUCCAAAUCUGCUAAGGAUGUACCUGACGCAGCUGUAUUCAAAGGAGAUCUAGAUCAGAUCCGUGAAGUGGUUACGCAGGAAGAGCCAGAGUCCGAGCCCAAGGCCGACUCAAUCCGUGGAGCAGCGUCCAUUCUCCGUCGCAUUUCGACCGCUCGCCGAACGAUGGAAACAGAGGAAGCCCGGCGCUUCUUCCACGACAGAAACGAGGAUACCUUGAGACCGCCCGGUGAAAAUGAGAUUAUUGAGUGGGACGGUCUCCGGCGGCGUAAGACUGUCCUUGGAGAAGGACCAACCAUGGCUCGUUCCAUGGCUUCACGCUCGCCCUCCUUGAGGCACCCACCGCUCCCUCCUCUCGGCAUGUCUCGAUUCCCUGAUGAUGAAGACGAGGGCCGUCCAAGCACCAAGCAAAGCGCCCGGUCGUAUUUGUCUGAUAUGCGGUCACGCACUCCGAGUGUUCGUAAUCCGCAGCAGUGGCUUCCAUUGCGCGAGCAGGAUGAAAAACAUCUUCCCGAAUCUAUGGGGAUGACAGAUAUGGGGCACCAGGGCCACCCUGAUACUGAAUACCACGGUGCUGAGACUCGCCACGGCCGGCAAAGAAGCGACACCACUCGAUCGAUCCAUUGGGCUGACGGUGAGGUUGCACACUUGUCACCUGCACACACCGCACAGCGUCAGUUUUCCUUCAAUAGCAUCUUCAACCGCAUGAAGUCGGGCAGUGAUUCAUCGGCAAAGCGGCCCAUGAGUCCUCCUAAAGGUAUUCUGCGCCGGACGCAGAACUUCGAUGACUCGAUGAGAGCUGCGACCGAGGAGGAGCGACUGGGGCUUGUGAAAGGUGACUCCCGCAACUCAUUCGAGCCGACGGAAACGCUAGGCGAAAAGCUUGACCGCUGGUCAAGUAACGAGUCGGAAGGCGAAGCUCAUCUUCCUCACGUCAGCCGCUCGCGUCAUGAAUCCGUCUCAUCCAUGUCAACGGCCGCCUUCCCCGAGUACGAAGACGAACACGCAUACUCAAACCAAACCACCAAUGUCUCAAAUCCCUUCUAUGUCGCUCCAUUACGCCAGGCGGCUGCUUCACCAGAGCAUAUGCAAGGUCCCGAGGCGUACCAGAUACCCCCGACCUCUUCUCACAGCCGUACCCGCUCAAAUUCCUCGUCAACCCCUUACACUCGCGCCCCUCCUCCCGCCAACUCCUCUUCUCUCCUCCCACCGCCACCCUAG